AUGGACCCCUCUCUUCCGCCUCCCUCAGUCUUGCAAUCCACAGUCGACACCUUUUUCCUUCAGGCGCACGAUCUUUCGUCGAGUACUCUGCAUGAGACAUCGUUCAGAAGGAAGUUCGAGGAGGGAACAGUACCAACCCACUUGCUCCUGGCUGUGCUCGCCUCUGCAGUUCCCUUUUCGUCAGAUCCUUAUUACGCACGAACAAGGAAUGAGGCCGCUGAAGCAUACGCGAAGGAGUCAUGGACGCUAGUUUCGGCAGAGCAUCUCACGGCAAAUGAACACUCGCCCAUCGAGAACCCCGGCAUUGAGGUUGCGCAGACGGUGCAUCUUCACGUCAUGCUAGACUAUGCCGCUGGCCGAGUGGGGUCUGCGCUCGUGAAAACCGGCCUCCUCACUCGCAUUUGCCAAGCUUCGCGAUUGAUGAUUGAGCCUUCUAGCUCGCUGCCAUUCGAGGAGCAAGAAGAGCAGCGCCGUGUUUUCUGGUGCGUGUAUUUCAUAGACAAACUUUUUUCUUGUGGCAAGUCGCGACCACUCCCGAGCUUGGAAGACGAUGAAUGCACGCUACAGCUUCCUGCCGACGAAGAUACGUUUCGCGCAGGAGAGUGGCAGAACAUGGUCACUCUUGACGAGCUUAAAUCUUGGGAUUUCCAGGAUUAUCAAAGCCCGAAUGCUUGUUGUAUCGCCAUGCUCAUGAUUUCCGUCUUUGGUCGCUGCGUGCGGUAUGUCCGCUGCGAAGAAUAUCAAGAACAUGUCCCCCUUUGGGAUGCAAAUUCCGAAUUCUCCAACCUGACCUCGCUGCUGUCCCGCGCGGCAGCCUACUUUGAAAUCGUAUCCGUUGGAAGAUUGCGCAGCGAUAUCGACGGCCUCCCACGAUCAGAAGCCGGAUAUAUCAUCGUCACACACAUGCUAUUCCAUCUAUGCCAUUGUUUGUUAAACCACCCAUUCCUUGCGCGACAGCGGUUGAAGCCGUUCCGAUCAAAUUCUGCGUGCUCUAGUUUUAUUUUGGGUCUGUUGUGCACUGCCAACGAUCAUGCCCGGCAAUUCUUGGAUCUCAUAAGUGACGCUUGCAAGUCUGGAGCCGUCACAAGCCAGUCAUCUGUUUUCCCGUACUGGAUUGCUGUAGCUGGAAGCGUAGUGUCUGUGACAUCACACUUUGAAGCAUCAAUAGCGCGUCCUAUGAAGGGAUCGGGGUCCUCACGAUAUCUCGACAGGAGUCUCGAACUUCUUGAACAACUUGGAGAGGUCUGGCCGCACGCUGUUAACACGACAGCUCACCUUCGUGACUUCCAUGAGCACCACGCUCGGCGAUUUGCAUUCUCCCUGAACCCGACCUCAAUAGCAGAAGAUGACACCGAUCCUGCUACGGAGCAGGCUCUCUUGGUAAUGAUUGAUCAGGAACUGGUAGCAGAGCCUCUUCCCGGGACAGCUGAUACAUCAGGACUGCAUUUUUCGGAGACAUCGGCUUGGGAUAUUGAUUUGGAUCAAUCUUAUUAUUAA